CCGUCGCACGCCAACACCUGCCCCCGCCCCUCUCUCUUUCUCCUUGCACCUUUCUUUUCUUUUCCGCCACCCCUCUAGCUAGCCAGCCUCUACUAGACCCGCUCGUAGUCCCGUGCUGUGUGCGUCGCGCGUUCAGCCCAGUCUUUUCCGGGGCGGCAUCGGCGAGAGGAGUUGUAUAUUUCCCACUGGCUGGCUCCCUCGCUCGCUCGUCACCUUGACCGCAUCGCCGCUCCCCCAAUCGGCCUCCGCCGCCCGCUCCAUCCCUUUGUCUUCUCACCAUCGUCAUCAUCCCGCUCCAUCUCCUCUCCUCGGUGCUGCGGCCUUCCGGGUCCUGCCUGCGACCGCGAGGGGCUGAGAGGGACGGUCUAACGCACGCCGACAGCGACCCGGAGACGAGGAGGACUAGCAAUAGCAAGCAGCACCGACUUGGCUGCGAGCCAGCCAGCCAGCCAGCAAGCAAGCUAACCAGGACCGGCCUCGCUCAAUUGGUCGCUGCUCCCUCCAGCUUGCGCCCUCGGCCGCGGCCGUCUAGAUUCGCGCCGGCCACUGAGCCGGUCAAGGAGGUCCAGCGAGGGGUCGCCGGCGAGAGAGACAAAUGGGGGCGGGGACCAGGCCGUCCGCGGCGGCGGCCGCUCUGCUCGCCGUCGCCGCCUGCUGCGCGGCGCUCCUCGUCGCGGCCGCGCCGCCGCAAAGCCACCAGCCGCAGCAGCACAAGCACGUCAGGAUCUCAGGGAACGCCGGCGACGUGCUGGAGGACGACCCGGUGGGGAAGCUCAAGGUGUUCAUCUACGAGAUGCCGAGGAAGUACAACCAUUACCUGCUCGAGAAGGACAACCGGUGCCUCUACCACAUGUUUGCGGCGGAGAUCUUCAUGCACCAGUUCCUGCUGGCGAGCGCGGUGCGGACCAUGAACCCGGAGGAGGCCGACUGGUUCUACACCCCGGUGUACGUGACGUGCGACCUGACGCAGCAGGGCUUCCCGCUGCCGUUCCGGGCUCCCCGGAUCAUGCGGAGCGCCAUCCAGUACAUCGCGGCGACAUGGCCUUACUGGAACCGGACCGAGGGGGCCGACCACUUCUUCCUUGCUCCCCAUGAUUUCGGGGCAUGCUUCCACUAUCAGGAGGAGAGGGCUAUUGAGAGGGGCAUCCUACCGCUGCUCCGGCGUGCGACGCUGGUGCAGACGUUCGGGCAGAGGAACCAUGUGUGCAUGCAGGAGGGUUCGAUAACCAUUCCUCCCUACGCCAACCCGCAGAAGAUGCAGGCUCACCUCAUCUCCCCCGGCACUCCCCGGUCCAUCUUCGCCUACUUCCGCGGCCUCUUCUACGAUAUGGGCAACGACCCCGAGGGCGGCUACUACGCCAGGGGCGCGCGGGCGUCGGUGUGGGAGAACUUCAAGGACAACCCGCUGUUCGACAUGUCGUCGGAGCACCCGUCGACGUACUACGAGGACAUGCAGCGGGCCAUCUUCUGCCUGUGCCCGCUGGGGUGGGCGCCGUGGAGCCCGCGGCUGGUGGAGGCGGUGGUGUUCGGGUGCAUCCCGGUGAUCAUCGCCGACGACAUCGUGCUGCCCUUCGCGGACGCCAUACCCUGGGAGCAGAUCAGCGUGUUCGUGGCGGAGGCGGACGUGCCGCGGCUCGACUCCAUCCUGGCGUCGGUGGCGCCCGAGGACGUGCUCCGGAAGCAGCGCCUGCUCGCCAGCCCGGCCAUGAAGCAGGCCGUGCUCUUCCACCAGCCGGCCAGGCCCGGCGACGCCUUCGACCAGGUGCUCAACGGGCUCGCCCGCAAGCUGCCGCACCGGGAGGGCGCGUUUCUGAAGCCCGGCCAGAAGGUGCUCGACUGGAACGCCGGCCUCGACAGCGACCUCAAGCCGUGGUAGCGUGUGUAGAAGAUCGUCGGAGCGCUUUGCAUAGUCUCGUCGUGUACAUUUUUGUUCUUCAGAGUUCAGAAGACCUCACGUCCUGUUCUUUUCUUGUUCGUUUCGUUCUUUGUUUCUUUUUUACCACGGCCACUUUUGCGUGUAUGCAGCAGUCAGCAGUGAAACUUUAUGCACACACAUAGAAGGUUUUUUUUAGCAUUUAGAAAUAUGUUUUUCGAA